AAGAGUUUCAAUGAACACGGAAACCUUAAAAUUCACACUGGAAAGAAGACAUUCAACUGCCAACAGUGUGGAAUCAGUUUGAUUCAAAAAGGCAUGCUUAGCAGGCACAUGAGGAUUCACACUGGGGAGAAGGUUUUUCACCUGCCAACAGUGUGGAAAAAGUUUCAAUAGAAAAGAAAACCUUAAUUUGCAAAUGAGGAUUCACACUGGGGAGGACCCUUUCACCUGCCAACAGUGUGGGAUAAGUUUUACUCGCAAAGCAAACCUUGAAAGACACAUGAGAAUUCAUGCUGGAGACAAGCCGCACACUUGUCAGUGGUGUGGAAAAAGUUUCAGUGAGCAUGGAAGCCUUAAAGUCCACAUGAGAAUUCACACAGGAGAGAAGCCUUACAUGUGCCAACAGCGUGGAAAGAGUUUCAGUGAGCAUGGAAGCCUUAAAGUCCACAAGAGGAUUCACACAGGAGAGAAGCCUUACAUGUGCCAUCAGUGUGGAAAAAGUUUCAACCGAAAAGGAGACCUUAAUUACCACAUGAGAGUUCACACUGGGGAGAACUCUUUCACCUGCCAACAGUGUGGAAAAAGUUUUACUCUAAAGAGAAGCCUUAACAGGCACAUGAGAAAAUUGCACUGCAUAGAAUCAACACAAUCUUAAUCAACACGUGAGGACUCAAAAGAGAUCUGUUUUAUGUCAUCAAUGUGGAAGGAGUUUCACAGACAAGAAUCAUGUAAUAACUUGUAACGAUCAGCAUAACAGGCUGGGCUACAAAGUUUAAAAUAGGGUUAGAUUUUAUUCUGUGAGAGGUUUGUAGCUGUUAAACAAAUAACAUAAAACAGAGAUACGUUUAGUAAGAUCGGUGAAUUUACAAAGUUCAUGGGACCUUAAAACAACACAAAACCAGGACAACUUAGGCCGUUAAAAGCAUAGAAUCCAUUGAUUGCACCAUACCCUAAAACAAUCCAAGAAUCCUAGUGUGCUGAAAUGUCCCAAUGUGAGUGUUCACCAGUGUAUAUACAGUCCAACAGAAGUGAUGAUCCAAUUUGUUGCAAAGCAGUGACUGGAAAGUUUGCUUAAGUGCAGAACAAAAGCACUAUGAAGGAAAGGAAGGAUCGAAAAACAAAA